AUGUCAGACUUAACUGCCCUCCCGGUUGUGAUUCCAGGCGACGCACCCACACCCCUACCGGCGAGGAGCAAAAUCAAGGCUCAUCUCCAGGUUCGAUCGUAUAUUGAUAUAGAUCUGAAUGGUUUCACUAAGCCUGCCGUCGCCGACACUGGGGCACAAGAGAACGUCAUGUCAGCUGAGCUUGCAACGAGCCUCCGUUUGAUUAUCAAGCAACCAGCAAGCGGCUAUCAAGUUCCAGAAUUUGUCAAUCCGGUCGGAAAGUCGAUGAUGGCCCUUGGCUACGUAUGCGUGCCAUGUAGAUUCAAGGGCGAGGUUGAAGAGAUCGCCGAGAACCGGUUCUGGGUCCUGCCCAAAAUGAUUGUGCCUCUGGUUGUUGGCAGAAAGUUCCUCGACAUCACCCAAUCUUUGACAAGGUUCCGCCAUCGUCUCCGGAAGAUCACCACGUCCUUCAAAGGCUUUGGACCGAGAGCUUUGCACAUGGAAUUACCUCGACAGCGACUGCGUUGCAACGUUGGGGAUGAAAUGGUGCAGACAGUUCCUGAUACAGGCUCCGAUCUGGACUUGAUGUCCUUGUCGCUCGCACAGAGUCAUCACUAUCCUAUUCGUCGCUUUUGCGGCGAAUGUGAACUUGUCCAGUUCGCGGACGGCUCUACAAGACGACUUUAUGGAAAGGUAGUUGUACCGUUCUCCAUCGGACCCUUGAGUAUCGAACGGCGCGAGCGGGAGUUUUAUGUCUUACAGGGGCUCACAUCCCCCGUAUUACUUGGAAAUAGCACGUUGGAAGAGUUCGAUGCUUUUAACGCGCAUCAGGACGAGUUUGUAGAUUUGGACGAUCUCGAUCCCUUCUCUGACCUUUACUAUAUCCGUUGGAUCCAGAGGAACGAGGUUGAAAAUUUCCUUGAAGCUUCAUUCGACGAUUGGGAAUUCUUGACAGGUUUGGGAGGAAAUCUAUCUGAUCCGAUGCAGGGACAUGGCCAACAGAACUUCCCAUCACGAUUCCGCCGGUGGUUCAAACGAUGUCAAGGACAAUCGAGCGGGAGGUGCUUCAGCGGUGAGGGCACCAGAACCUCCAUUUUGUAA